AUGACCAUGAGUGCCGCCUCCAUCGAGCAAGAGCCGUCGCGCAAGCUGGCCUGUUGCGGGGUCCCCUUGAUCACGGAGGACAUGCAGUCGCUGGCCAUCCGCACCCUUUCCGGCACGGACAUCAACAAGCACUACGACCUCAUCCGUGAGCUGGGGAAAGGGACCUACGGGAAAGUAGACCUGGUCUCCCAUAAGAGCACAGGCACCAAGAUGGCUCUGAAAUUUGUCAACAAGAACAAGACCAAACUGAAGAAUUUCUUGAGAGAGUUCAGCAUCACCAAUACUUUAUCUUCAAGCCCUUUCAUCAUCAAAGUGUUUGAUGUGGUCUUUGAGACGGAGGAUUGCUACGUUUUCGCCCAGGAAUACGCCCCUGGAGGAGACCUUUUUGAUAUCAUUCCUCCACAGGUGGGGCUGCCAGAGGACAUGGUGAAGCGCUGUGUGCAACAGCUGGGUCUGGCACUGGACUACAUGCACAGCAAAAACUUGGUGCACCGGGACAUCAAGCCGGAAAAUGUCCUCCUGUUUGACCGCGACUGCCGGCGCGUCAAGCUGGCCGACUUUGGCAUGACGCGCAAGGUGGGCUGCCGGGUGAAACGCAUCAGCGGCACCAUCCCGUACACAGCGCCCGAGGUGUGCCAGGCAGGCCGGGCGGAGGGCUUCACCGUGGACGCGAGUAUCGAUGUGUGGGCUUUCGGGGUACUCAUCUUUUGCGUGCUGACCGGCAACUUUCCCUGGGAAGCGGCCACGGCCUCGGACUCUUUCUUUGAGGAGUUUGUGAGGUGGCAAAAGGGGCGCCUGGUGGGGGUGCCCUCUCAGUGGCGCCGCUUCACAGACAACGCCCUGCGGAUGUUCCAGCGCUUGCUGGCCCUCGACCCAGAGAAACGCUGCCCGGUGAAAGAGCUCUUUCUCUUCAUCAAGUACGAUCUGAUGUCUGAGAUGCGCCGGCGGCCAUCUUAUCGUUCCCGCAAGCACACCGGGGACAAGCUCUCGGCUGGCCCACACCGCCAUGAGACGCCCAGUGGCUGCACCCCAACCCCACUUAAGAGGACCAUCCUGACGGAGGGCAGCAUCUCCCGGCUGGCAGCUUCGGAGUCUGGCCUGCCUUCCCCUGGUGGAGGAAGCAGGACUGACGGCCGGGCAGACAAGGCCAAAGGCCAGAUGGUUUUGGCGACCGCCAUUGAGAUCUGUGUCUGA